UAUGAAUUAAAGAUGAAAUGCUCAGAGUAUUGUUGAUGGUGAUCUGUAAAUCUUCAGCCUAUCACUUAAAAUAAAAGGGCUCAGUUUGUAUGCUGUGGGACAGCGAUCAAUAAAUCCAACUAACUCUUUGUAUAGCACCUUUCAUGGGUUAGUGUAAUACUAAGUUUAUAUGUGACUGAGAGUAACAGGAAUAAUUAUUCCACUGUGGCCUAACACCCAGCAAGACACCAAACUAUAACUAUUUUUAUUACAUGAAUACAGCAGUCAAAUGGUUUGUUUAUUUUGUUUUUCUUCGACAGUGUGGAUCCUGCUCUCGCGAGACUUGCAAUAAUGACCGAUCGCGCUUCAGCCAUUAAUGCAUGUCCCGCGAGAGCAUCCCGUGCUGUUACCCUGGAAACCAAGCUAAACAACGAGUGUCACGCUUUGUUAUUUUGAGGCCCACAUUGCGCGGGGACAUAUUGAGCUUUGCUUUCAUUUUUGAAGAUAGUUUUGAGCAUUUACCUCCACAAUGUUUAGCGAUUACUACGAGACGCUGGAAAUAAACACAAACGCAACAGACGCGGAUAUCAAAAAAGCAUAUCGACGCCUUGCAUUGAAGUUUCAUCCGAGCAGCAACAAGGAGACCGGAAGCUCCGAGAAAUUCAGUCAACUGGGUGAAGCCUACGAAGUGUUGAUCGACCCACGGAAAAAGGCAACCUAUGACAAGUUUGGUGAGGAGGGUCUAAAAGGUGGCGUCCCGCCUGAGGUUGGCAGCACUGGGGCUUGGUCAUCUAAAUAUGUCUACCAUGAGAACCCAGACAAAACAUUCAGAGAGUUUUUUGGAGGCGACAACCCAUUCGCAGACUUCUUUCUGAUUGAUGCACCUCUUCAGUUCGGCGGCCUGCAACAAGGAACGGUGAAGACACAGGAUCCUCACAUGGAGAGAGACCUUUUUUUGUCCCUGGAUGAUCUCUUCAACGGAUGCACAAAAAAGGUUAAGAUAUCUCGCCGGGUUAUGAAUGAGGAUGGAUGCCAGUCCAGCGUCAAAGACAAGAUCCUGACUAUAGAUGUGAAGCCUGGAUGGAAAGAAGGCACGAGAAUUAUUUUCCCCAAAGAGGGAGAUCAGGGACCAAACCUCAUCCCUGCAGAUAUGGUGUUCAUAUUGCAACAGAAGAGUCACCCCCUGUUCAUAAGACAACACAACGACCUGAUCUACAAGGCUCACAUCACUCUGAAGAUGGCCUUGACCGGGUUCUCUGUGGAUGUGCAGACACUAGAUGGCAGGCUCAUCAGUAUCCCCAUCAAUGACAUUGUGCACCCUUCGUACAACAAAGUGGUGACUGGAGAGGGAAUGCCGCUGUCCCAGGAUCCGUCCCAGAGGGGAAACCUCAUCCUUGCUUUUGACAUCCAGUUUCCCAAGAAGCUCUCCGCCGAGAGAAAGCAUCUGAUCAGACAAGCUCUAUCUUUUAAAAAAUAAACAGAUUCUAAUACAUGUGUUGCCAUCCUGUGACUCAAGACUAAUGUGGCCAUAAGAGAGUGAAGUAUCAACGCAAUUUGUAUAACUUUGACACUUUGAGUUUAAAUAUACACUAGGAGGCAACAAGACGCAAAGACAUUUGUAAACAACACCACUGUGCUACAACACCCGCCUUCUCACAGACAACGAUGGUUAGGGUAUAGCUGUGAAGUUGUGAUUCGCUGCCAUCAUGGCUCGCUUCAGCUGCUCGUAUGUCACAAACAUCACCACGUUCCACGAGCCCAGGCGUAAGAAAGAUGGCAUGAACCUCAAGGGAACAGAAAAACAACGUGAUUGAUUGCCACUCGUUCAUAUCAACCGCUGUGUUGCACAUUUACAACCCUGUUCUCUCUUCGCCCUCCUCUAUAAAUGUUUGAAUUUUAUCCUCACUAAUCCUCUCAAUAUUGUCGGCGCAGUCAAUGCUUACCCCUUAUAAAAGGCAAGCGGCCCCUCUUUGUUCAUCAUGGCAGAAGCACAAAUGAGGACACUGCUGUACUGGCCAAGAGCAGCGUUCAUAUAUCUUGUCUUGACCACAUCAACUGGAGAGGCAGUCACUGUUGUGCACAGCCCAGCACCAAAGGCCGAUACAAAGUGGCAGGGCAGAUUGUCUGUGGAGCGAAAGAUGAACGUUACUGCACCAAAGAGAAGAACACAUGGGGCAUAAUGUCAUGCCUCUGCAUCAUGUUGUACUGCAGCCAUUGUUUUACCUGUCAGGGGAGUGGACUUAAGGAGGGAA